CCAUGGGUGAGCGCUGCCCGGGGACCCCGCGCACGGCCCGGUGGGGACACGGAGCGCCUGGCACCGCCGGUGCCACCGGGAGGGGUCCCCAAGGCUCGGGGGGCGCGGGCAGGGGGCGCGGGGGUCUCCGGGUGGCCGCCCUCAGCCUCGCCCUCCUCUUCCUCCGCGCAGAGGCCGAAGGCUUCGCCCUCUGCCACGCGCCCGCGCUGCAGACCAAGGUGUUCCAGUACCGGCUGUGGGACGUGAACCAGAGGUCGCUGUACCUGCGCGAUGACCAGCUGGUGGCCGGGCACCUGCAGGGCGCCAACGCCGCGCUGGAAGAGAAGGUGUUCUGGGUGCCCAACCGAGCCCUGGAGCCCGCGCGGCUGCCGGUGAUCCUGGGCAUCCGGCACGGCUCCCGCUGCCUCCGCACCGAGCGCGGCCCCGCCGGAGAGCCCCGGCUGCGGCUGCAGGACGUGGACAUCCGGGAGCUGCCCCGCGCCGGUGACAGCGGGGCCGCCUUCAGCUUCUUCCGCUCCUACCGGGACGGGCUGUGGCGCUUCGAGUCGGCCGCGCACCCCGGCUGGUUCCUGUGCACGUCCCCGCGCGGCCACCAGCCCCUGGCGCUCUGUCGCCCCCGCGAUGUCACCUCCCACCUGCUCGACUUCUACUUCCAGCUCUGCUGAGCGCCCCCGGCCCCCGCGCGGGGACAGCGGAGCCCCAGGGUGGUGGCAUCUUCCUGGGGAGGGUGGCAUCACCCCAGCACGGUGACAUCUCCGCCAGGAAGGUGACAUCCCGCUGGGGAGGGUGGCAUUCCCCCCAGUACGGUGACAUCUUCCUGGGAAGGGUGGCAUCCCCCCCAGGAUGGCGACAUCCUCACCCCAGGGAUGGUGACAUCCUCGCUCCUCGGUGACAUCCUCCCCAGGACUGUGCCAUCCCCCCGGGGACAGCGCCAUCCCCCUGUGGAGGGUGACAUCCGCCCCCGCGGUGUGGUGCCACCCCCCCCGGGGCGGUGCCAUCCCCUUGGGGACAGCGACAUCCCCCUGGGGACAGCGACAUCCUCCCCGGGCGCCGGUGCGGGAAUAAAGAGAUGCCGAGGCCA